UAUCAGGAAAUAUGGCGUUUUUGCUUAUGGCAGAAAACAACAAUUAAGAAAAUUGAAUGUAGUUUGUCAAAUAAUGUUAAAAAUAUCCCUCAGACGUACACAAACAAUUUAAAAUGAACAACACAGAGUAUUAUAAAUCACUUAUUUCCGACGAGGAAGUGAUAAAAGCCCUCAUAAAGGAAAGCAAGGCAAGGGAAGGCGAACUACUUAGAGAAAAGACAAGACUGAGGCCCAACUUAAAUUUUUUCCACCGUACUGUCACAAAUCUUGUCACUUCUAAUAAACGCGUCAGCACUACUAAAGACUUGACAUAUGAAGAAUCACGGAAACCUAUUUAUAAUGUACAGAGGAGAAUUAAGACCUCUCGUACGUUAAUCAAAGAAAUUGUCCUGUCGAACAAAAUAGACUUUGUCAAAGCCACUGGCAGUGGUAGGUUAGUGGAAAAUAAUUCAAAUGAAAUACUUCAAAAUUCUAUGGAAAUAACAAAGUGUAAGGACUUGACACCACCCUUCAAACCAACACAGAAACCGCCUCAUAAGGCUCGGGGCACAAUUAAGACUCCUCGCAAAUUAAUAACGGAAAUGGUAAUGUCGAAUAGGACAAACUCUGUCAAAGCAGCUGACAGCAACACUGGAGAUCCUGUUAAAGCAACAGAGUGUGGUGGUUCGGCACAACCCCCCGAAUCAAUGGAAGUUACAAGUGAAAAAGAUUUGAAUAAAUAUUUUGUUCGUGCAACGGGCGUAAAAACGAACAGUAAAUGGCCAACACAGAACACAGCGAAAUUGAAAAGCAUAGUGUUUAAUAUAAACAUUAAUAAAGACAGUCUUAGGAGGCCUACGAAAACGCCUGAAGAAUUUUUAAAAAGUGAGGAACAGAGCUUAUCGGUUCGAAAAUCGCUCGACGGUGAUGUUAUAAGCAUUUCUAGUUCUUCGUCAACCUCUAGUGAAUCAGAAAGUGAAUCUUAGUAGACGUAUAUUUUGUGCAGUAUAAUACUGUGAUAUAUAUCUGUCGUAAAUUAUUUUUAUAGAUCUGUGAGUGUAACUAAAUGUAAGAUAUUUUAAAACUGAAA